AUGGUCAAAUCAUUAUUCAAUAUAUGUUUGGCAGCUACAUGCCAACAUAACCUGUAUGGAUAUUUGGCUGAUUUACCCACAUCCUGCAAGCAACGUCUGCUUGAGUUCUUUAGCUCACAUGACCAGUUAUUUUUAUCGGAAUGCGCUCAGCUUGUGUCGUCACCUUCGUUUGGAAGGAAUCUUACGGAAUUGCGCUUUUAUCUAAGUGAUCAAGUGACUGACAGUGGUAUCAAAGCAAUAACAAGCGGACAACGAAAACUCGAGAAAUUAGAAUUUAGGGCAUUGAAGAAGCUUACAUCAAACGGUUUAUCAUUGAUAAAGUCCAAUUUGUUAUACACAGUUGACCUGAGCUCUUGCACAAUGAGGCAUUUGUCCGAGGGCUUGAUGCGAGUACCAUUCAGUCUUAGGGAGGAGAUUAAAAGCGAUGGAAUCUAUCAACUUGUUUACUUAAAUCGUAAUAUUCAUUGUUUAUAUUUAAAUAACUGCAGAGGCUUAAAUGAUCAAGCACUUUAUGAUAUUGCACAUUAUCUCGGAGAAAAAUUAUCGGUUUUGGAACUAGAUUUUUUACCAAAUGUAGUUGAUCCAUCUUCUGCUCUAUUUUAUUUGAGUCGUAACUGUCCAAACAUCAAACAGUUAUCACUUUGCCGCUUUUUCGAAGUGGAGAGAGAGCUUGCGCUAAUGCCUGAAUACAGAAUUGCUGGUGUAGGAUUGCGCGAUGUUGAUUUAUAUGGGAAUUAUUUUUUCACUUUACCUCUGUUACCACCAACAGUAAGUAGGCUGCGGUUAUCAGUAUGCGGCGAUGAAGACGUGAAUAGCUUAAUCGAUCGUCUAGAAACGUUGCCUCAACUGACGAGUAUUCAUCUGCAAAUGAACUGCAAGGAACUAAGCUGGCGGUGUGUGGAAGAUGCUAAUACAUUCCUACGUUCUGUCUUACCUUAUAUUGGAAGCAAAAUAACGCGGCUUCAUAUAUCGCUGCCAACGAUUAUUGACGGCGUUUUCAGUUUGAUAACACAAUGCCUACCAAAUUUAAGUCAUUUGGCACUUGAUGUAAAACAUAUCAAUAAUAAGCUGCUACGAUUGUUUUUUGCUGGUGGAGUUCAUUCGCCAGGUUCAAGAUUACGAUCAUUGAAAUUAUGUCGCCUUCAAACAACGUACAGAGCUCUGUUUGCAAUUGCACGUGGAGCCCAUUCGAUCACGGAUUUGGAGGUGUCGCAUAUCCCAUGUGUUGAUGACCGCUUCUUGGCGCUGUUAGCAGAUAAUUGCAUGGGUUUGAAGAAUAUUAAUUUGAAUGGUUGUAAAUAUGUUACCGACGAAGGACUUGCUGCACUUGCGCGAAAGUGUUGCUUAAAGGAAGUGCGAAUUCGCGCAACAUCAUGCACCGACAAAUCAAUCUACUUGUUAGCACAGUUUUGUCCCGAUCUUGAAUGGAUAUCACAUGCUGAUUUCAGUGGACGUCCUAAGUUCAGUGACAAAGCAUUGCAAUGCCUCAAAGAUUCCUGUGUGCAAAGGGGUCGCACAUUUUGUUGGUGGGCGAUUGAUAUCAUUGCAGUAUCCGAAAAUUUUAAUCUUUUUUAUAAUGGUCGAUCUGAGAUGAUCGAAAAUAACAUUAAAGAAUUAUGCAAUGCAACGAAUCAGAGUCAUUAUGGAAUUUCAUUUGUUGAUGUUACAAUGUAUUUUGAAGAUCAUAAUUUUGUGCAGAAAUAUAGUAAGAAACAAGUAAUCGAAGAUUUGUUGGAUAAUUAUUAUAAAAAACGAUUAGAGCCUUUGGCUGAUACUGACAGGCAUUGUUUCAACACUUUUGAUGACAAAGUGAAGAAUAUUGUGGAUAAUGCACCAUGCAUAUUUGUCCUUAACGCCAAUAGUCUGAUGAAAGUGUACAGCGGUCCAAUGCUUUGGAACAAUAUUGAUAUAUUUGUUUUAUAUCCGAGGGAUGAUUUUAAUACGAUAAUAGAGAUGUUUCGAAAUGGUAGGGCUUGCAAUAAAAAUGAUAACGGCAUUGGAGAUGGACAAUGUUUAAAACUGGAAGCGGAGGAAGCAUAUUUUAUAUUUUGUUGUUGUUGGAGCAAUCCAUUUGAUUGCACCUAUGAUUCAAGAAUAAAAGUUGAUAUUGAGAAGAACAAGCAGAUCUGGCUAGAAUUAGCUCAAACUCGAAAUCCGGAAAUUGCUCUACGUAUGGAAGCAAUCUAUUUUGGUAAUAAAGAUAUCCAGUGGUCAUAUCAUGAUUUCAUCUACAGCUCUCCUAAAAAUUCGAGCAGAAAAGAUAUUGUUCCGGGAUUGAAUGAACCACGUUAUUAUUGCUCCAGAUUAAUUUCUUAUACCAGUUCGGACCAUCUGAUUCCUACUUCGGUUACUUGGAAGAGAUUAAAAGUUAACGAAUUACCUUUACGAUACCGAUUUUGCAAAUUUACUAUUUCACUUCACUUCCAAAAUGAUAAAGCGAAGAGGAUCCAGUACAGUGUUAGACCGGAUUUUAAAAAAAAAUGUAAAAAAGCGCAAUGUACACACGAAUCUCCAAAAUGUUUGACUGAUGUGUUACGAGCAAAAACAGUUCUGAUUCGAUCGACCUGCUGCUGUGCAAGCAAUUUAUGUAGCACCUGGACGGAAUAUGUCGAUUAUGAAGAGUUAAACGUGAAAUCGAAAUAUUUUACUACCCUUUUCGGUUCAUGUUUUCAUCAAUCAACAACAUAUUUAAGAAGUGCUUUAGCUAGUCCUGAUGAGUGCGUGAGAAAUUUCGAUUUCCGAUUUCGAGAAGAAAUUUUUAUAAAUGAACACAAUCUGAUUACAUAUAUAUUUGCUCAUAAAACUGUAGCAAUAACCGAUAAUACUACGGAUGAUAGGAGAAAGCUAUCAUGUGCUAUUUAUCAGACAUAUCCAUUAAGAGAUCCAUACUGCCAUUUGAAGAAAAAUUAUGAAAGCGAAAGAAGCAUCUUACAGUAUUAUAAUUGCAAAUGUGAUGUUACAAAAACAGCUUCAAAAUUAGAAAAAUGCGAUGCCGAAAUUAAUUCUGAAUUGUUACUGACAUCAUUGAAUUGGACUAGGCCAACUUGCUUUUUUACCAGUAUCACUGAUCAUCGAUCUAUAUUUCCUUCGGAAAAACAAACUGGCUUAAGCGAAGGUUCUGAAGAGGAAACAGAAGAAACACCGAUUUGUGGGAUAGCCAUAAUAAUUAGCAAUUCCGGUCUAUUUUAUCGAUUUUACAAAUCACGCUAUUCUCACUUUCAAGAGGAAGUCGCAUCGAAGAAGCGUUUUUUUGUAACUAAAUGGAACAAUCAUACAACCUAUACAAUACUGUGUCAAUCAAAUGAAACUAUUCCAUGUAACAAUAUACAGAACUUAAUGUUACAUCAUCUAAGCUAUUCGUUACGUCAUCAUUCGAAAACAAAAAAACCACAACCUUAUCAUCGAUGCGUUGUUUCUGAAAAAACGAAAACAAGAAUAGAAAAAUGUUCAUCAACAAGCGGUUGUUUCACAUUCAGUUAUCUUAAUUCACGUGAAAAACUGACUGGUUGUGUGGACAAAAUACCAGCAUUGGUGGAAAUAUCACCCGACCUAUCACCUCUUCUGUGGUGUCUUCAAAAAACUUACCACAAUAGCAAAUACAGAUGCAGAGCUUACAAAACGAUCACCAAUGUGACGGCAAGCGGAACUUUAUGUUGCUGUUUUAAGGAUUGCUUCAUCAUGACGGAUGAAGAAUAUGGUUUCAAUCCCUUCGAAAGUGUGUUGUAG